GGCACCGCUCUCCUCUCCUCCACCGGCCCGCGCGCCCUUAGCCCGGCAUGUCGGCUGCCGUGGCGUGCGUGGAUUACUUCGCCGCCGACGUGCUCAUGGCCAUCUCUUCGGGCGCCGUGGUGCACCGCGGGCGGCCCGGCCCCGAGGGCGCGGGCCCCACCGCUGGCCUGGAGGUGCGUGCCGCACGCCGCGAGGCCGCCCCGCCCGGGGCCCCGGCGGCGCCCCCACCUCCGCCGGCUCCCACCUCGCUGAACCUCGGCUCGGGCUCCGGGGCCCCGGCAGCCGCCGCGCCCCACCUGCUGGCCGCCAGCAUCUUGGCCGACCUGCGCGGCGGGCCCUCGGUCGCCCCGGGGGGCGCCUCUCCCGCCUCCUCCUCUUCCACCGCCUCGUCUCCCGGCUCUGGCCGCGCCCCCGGCGCUGCACCCGCCACCGCCUCCUCCUCCUCCUCCUCGUCCUCCGCCGCCGCCGCCAAGAGCCACCGCUGCCCCUUCCCGGGUUGCGCCAAAGCCUAUUACAAGUCUUCGCACCUCAAGUCGCACCUGCGGACACACACAGGUGAACGCCCCUUUGCCUGCGACUGGCCAGGCUGUCAGAAGAAGUUUGCACGCUCCGACGAGCUGGCCCGCCAUCAUCGGACGCACACCGGUGAGAAGCGAUUUCCCUGCCCGCUGUGCAGCAAGCGCUUCACUCGCAGUGACCAUCUGACCAAGCACGCACGGCGACAUCCCGGCUUCCGUCCGGAGAUGCUCCGGCGUCCCGGCACCCGAGGCGGCUCGCGCGGUGGCUCGCCCAACGACUCGCUGGCCGGCAGCCCCGCGCCCAGCCCUGCGCCCAGCCCGGCUCCUGCAGGCCUGUAGAGGGCCCGUGCUUCCGUGUGCCCAUCCCCACCCCACCCGGCUGCUGGGGCGCCUCCACUUGGACCACCAGCAACGUGAGGACACACACACACAAGCCUGUGUCCAGGGCCAGGCGGGGACACUGCGGACACCCCUGCCCGCCUGGAGCAAGCCAGGCAGGGGGCCCUGUCCAGGUGACAGGGGAUGGCCAGCCCGGCCUGCCCAGGGCGCGGGCAGCUGUCUGCGCAAAGCCACAACUGUUCACUUCACUCCACCCUGUGAACAUGGAGCCCUGGUGGGCAACCCUGUCCCGCCCUCCCCCUGCCGUCCCUCCCCCUCUAACCCCCCACUAAAAGCCAUUGUGUAUGUUCAGGGAAAUUAGGGGCGGGGCGCAGCCUGGACAGCCGUCCCCCCCAUCUCAGGUGUCCCUAGGUUCUGCUCACGGGAGGGGCCGCCUGGCACCCCCAGUGCUCCGGGCGGGGCUGGGCAGCUGCUAGGAUUUCUAGAAGGAUCCGGGUCCCAGUUUUCUGAGACUGUGGGAAAGAGACGGGGGGAUGAGAAACAAGUUCAUCCAAAGAGUGUGGCAGGGGAGGGGUGGGGGCGGCCUGCCGUGCCCACUCCCUCGCUGGAUUGCCCCCCCCCCUCGACUUUGGCCUUGUGGAAUUGUGUGACAAUCAGGGGAAGCCCAGGGGCUCCGGGCGACUGGGAGAGUUCGUGGGUGUGUCUUCUUUUUGUGGGGCGGGUAGAGUAUUUUUUCAGGCAUCAAUCCUUUUUUAUCCCCCGGGGGGGGGGUGUCUCACCAACCUCACAGGGGCUGCCUGAGGUCCCGGCCAUGGACUUGGGGGUGAGAACUUUGGGGACCCGCGAUGGUUCUGCGUGCAUACCCACAGUAGGGUACUGGUGUGUGGGAAGACGGGCGGGGGCCAGACAGACUCCCCGUCCCAUACACACCCACCCUGGGGGCGAGGCGGGAGCAGCAUUAGAGCACAACUGUUGGAGCUGGCCGGGCUGGCAGUGUCCACGGGGGACUCCCCUGGGUCCCCCUUCUUUGGCAGCCCCAGUGAGAUGCCUUAGUUCCUGGGCGUGGGCGUACGCCAGCGGGGGGCCCUGGUUUCCUUUGCAGGGUGCUCUGGCGGCACCGGGUAUAGGGCACUGCAGGGGCCAGGGUUCCCCUGUCCACAAGCCUGGACACACGUGCGCUCGUGCCGCCCCCUGGGACCUCGCUGCAGCCAUGAAGCAGUGGGCAGGGAGGGAAGGGGUUCCCCAUGAGGGGCUUGUGUUUUCUGUGGGUGCAGCCCCUCCCCCACCCCGCUUGCCCUUACCAUUGUAUUUAAUUAAUAAAGCCCUUUUUUUUUUUUUUGUAAACUC